AUUUACGGAGUAUCUACUUUUCUUUUUGAAGCAGUCCUAAGUAUAUUCUGAUAAUUUAGCUCUUCCUGAUGUUUAGUCAUUGUCAGACAAGGAAAAUAUUGUAGUAUCGCAAGCUUAAUGAACACAUGCGGUUUUGAAUUUUCGUACUUUGUGAAAGUGUAUUGAACAUACUCAGGACAAUAACAUUCACAACAGACUCGUGACAGAACGCCCACAAGACAUAACUGAGAACAGUUACAUUAUUCAAGCUAAAGUAAUGACAGUAACUGGAAAUAAUUUACUUGAAUGAUAUAACAUUUAAAGAUAAAAAUUGAACUUUAUAAAUACACAAAAUUAGAAGAUUCAAUUACUGGUAGUUUCAAUUAUUGGAAAAAUACUAUUAGAAAUGGAAAGCAUUCGUGGUGACAUAUCAAUAUUGCUGUUCAUGUCAGCAUUUCUUUCUUUAAAAACAACAUCUGCACAAGGAACCGACUCAUCAUUUUCACCUAAAAGCAAUUUAUCCGAUCAUUUUAAUAUGGCAACACACUCACUUGGGACAGAAACACCACACGAAGGAUCAGAUACAAAGCCGGACUACUCCAUUCCGGCUGAAACCGCAACUAGCAACGACAUCAAUAACAGUAUGUCUUACAACUACAGUGACUAUUACGACUAUGGGGACGAGUACAUAUACCCUGGCUACCCAUUUGAAAGACCAAUGUACUUGUAUAUCUGGGAAACACUGGUCAUUUUAACAUUUCUAGUAAACAUCGUCGUGGUAUCUAUCUUGCUGCGCAAAAAGAUGCGCAGCGCAACAAACUUGAUACUUGCCGCUAUUGCAAUAUCAGACACACUAACGGGACUGAUUACUUUGCCUACAUAUAUCAUGGUGUACCAGAACUAUGAUCCUCUGCCAGACAGUCAUUACAUGUACAAUGACUACAACUCUGGCAACAUAACGACCAAUGAUUCAACCUCAUUGUCAAUGGAUCGUGACACGAGAGAUAUGUUAUCCAAUCAAGAUCUUGGAGUUUCAACUUCAUCCGCUGAGAACCAAACUAUGUCUUUUGUGUCCUCUAAUCCAUUGUAUGACGGUACUACUGAAAUACCACGAUAUAACCUUCAUCCUACACAUCCUCCUCUCGAUGGGUACAUUCUAACAAAGGACCUAUGUCGUGGCUUUAUGAUAUCGAAAUAUUUCUUAUCCAAGAUGUUUCAUACCGUAUCAAUAUUCCUCACAUUAUUUCUUGGAAUUCAAAGAUACGUUUCUGUUGCGUUCCCAUUCAAGUCACAAUCUAUUUUUACCGUCAAGAAAACAAUAAUUUUCUGUGUUGUUAUAUCCGUCAUAUCCCCUGUUCUUCAUGUAUAUCAUCUAGCUACCGAUAAAGCGGAAGACGGACUGUGCCAAUGGACCCUUGGCGAAGAAGGUUGCGGCGGCGAUUGUAUAUAUCUCUGGGUACUGUUUUUCGUACGUCAUUUGGUACCAUGCGUCUCGCUGACAACGUUUACUAUUCUGUUUAUCAAACAUUUAAGAUUAGGUACAAGAAAUUUGCGAAGGAUCGACAGUAAUGCCUCACAAGUAUUAAAACGGAAGGAAGAAAACCGCCGUAUUUCGAUCAUAGUUACAGCUAUUGUGAUCGUGUUCCUGAUUCCUGAAAUACCAUACGGUAUUUUCCUAUUGUAUAGUGCUGUCCAAAAAACAGUGAUUAAAGAAAAGUAUUUUCACCUGGAAACAAACAGAGCAAUUCAUAUGGCUUAUGAAAUUUUACUUGUUCUCACCUUCAACGCAAACUUCUAUAUUUACACAUUUUUAAACAAGAAGUUUCGUAAAUGUUUGUACAGGACAUAUAUUAAACCAAUGCAAAGAUUAGUUGGGGAUACACGGAGGUUGUCUAUCUCCCGUACAUCCACCAUUUCUAAAAUGGCUACACGGAAGACGGAUUGCAGUUCUUCCCAGGGAGCUAUAGAGCUGAAAGCCAUGCAGACAAGUAGUUCGGACAGGUCGGUCACUAUGGAAACAAAGUUAAAGCAGUCGGUAUCCCCUGAUACAUCAAAAAGUUGCUCGAAUGUCGAUAGUAAUGAACUCUCUGCAUUGAAUGCUAAUGUGUAGAGAAAACGAUAGUCAACCUUUCAUUAUGUAGUGGUUAAUAUGCAACCUUUCUUCCGGUGUUGUAGCAAAUGUAUAAAUCCGUCAUAUUGGAUAUGUAUCGCGCUUACCCAGAGAUAUCACACUGUUUAUUCUAAACGGAAUACACCGCAAAUACUUCUAGAGGAUGUCAAGAUUAUUAUUUGUAAAUACUGUACUGUUUUAUUGUUUCAGCAUGUUGAUCAUUUUUGAAGUUAUGCAUAUAUGGUAUACAUUUGUCGUGUUUUUAUUAUUUAAAGGCGGUCAAUCACAUUUAAUUAACAUUUGAGCCGCGCCAUGAGAAAGCCAACAUAGUGGCUUUGCAUCCGCGCAUUCUGGUCAGGAUCCAUGCUGUUCGCUUUCAAAGCCUAUAGCAAUUAGAGAAACCGUUAGCGAACAGCAUGGAUCCUGACCAGAAUGCGCAGGCUGGUCUGGAUCAAUGCUGGUCGCAAAGCCACUAUGUUGGUUUUCUCAUGGCAUGGCUCAUUUUAAUUUAAAGCCAUUCCACAGAUUUCGUAUAUACUAUAAGAGAUUUAUUUAAGGAAUAAAAAGACCGAUUAUAUAGCGUUAGAUUUCUGUUACAAAUGCAUAUUUCAUUGACUUAUAUCAAAGUUUGUAAUUAACCCCCUUUAAUAUAUAUAAGCUGUGCAUUUUCUUUAAUUCCAAUGUGGUAAUUUUUGUUUAAAUUUGCAUUUUGUAGAUAUACAAUGUAUAGAGUUUUAAUCCUGUGUCUGGUUUCUGAAUUCAUCUAUUUCAAAUCUAUUUUGGUUGCAAUACCAAGAUAGAAAAAGCGAGAUAAUAAUAUUUAUUUCAAACUGGAGUUUCUGGUCAAUUUCAACUAAAUAUGUAGUUGCUAGUGCAAAUAAUGAACAUGUACAAUGUAAUAGCCCUUUCAUUUAUAGCAUCUUAGGCAAAGUACUUUUAUUAGAUUUAUACGUUUGUUUUAAUAACUCUAUCUUGGUUGGGCAAAAAGGACACGAAAAUCAAAUUUUAGAAAGACCAACAUUAAGCGUCCAGUGAUCAUCAAUAAAUGUAAGUAAUCAGAUGGAAUAGUUGAAACAAACCCAUUACAUGAUCAAAAAUUGAAUGACCUCCUUAAACAUUAAUGAGCCGCGCCAUGAGAAAACCAACAUAGUGUGUUUGAGACCAGCAUGGAUCCAGACCAGCCUGCGCAUCCGCGCAGCCUGGUCAGGAUCCAUACUGUUCGCCUUCAAAGCCUAUUGCAAUUAGAGAAACCGUUAGCAAACAGUAUGGAUCCUGACCAGACUGCGCGGAUGCGCAGGAUGGUGUGGAUCCAUGCUGGUCGCAAAGUCACUAUGUUGGUUUUCUCAUGGCGUGGCUCAUUUGUUAAUUUUGAAAAGAACGGUGUGUCAGAAGCAACUUUGUAUGACAUAAUGUAAGGAACUUUUUAAUAUUGUAAAUGUAUAUAACAAACAUUUAAUUGUUUUAAUGCCUCAUACUUACUUUUCAAUCAUAUGAUUUCGUAUUGCAGCAUUUCAGAAAUACGAUUCCAUUUAACUUCAUUUCAUUAAAAAUAUACAUAUUCAUUUAUUUUUUUGGUGCUCUAGUAGACGCAUUUUAAAAUGAAAGGUUUACAUAUAAUAAAAUAAUGCUCGAGAAUGGCAUUCCAAUUGACUCGAUCUUCGCGAUAUUAAGGUGAUUCCGUUUUUUGCUUUCAUUUCAUGAAUGUGUUUGUUCUUUUCGUGAAUUAUUUUAUAUUUUUUAUUUGAACCAAAUGUGUAACUUACUUGUUAAAUGUCAUGUCUAUAAGUAUUUUGAUGGAACAGCACUGAUAUGUAUGAUAACUUCGAUAGGCAAACUCUGUCUAGUUUAUUCUAUAACAGAACUCGAAACUUUCUUUUUGUUGAAAUAAGUUUCUCUUCAAUUUUAUUUCAAAUUAAAGACAUUUCGUUAUUAUUAGUCUUAAAGUGUGUAAUAUUAUAGUCAAUGAUUAAUCAAGUUUUUUAUGAAGUACUUUGUCCUAUGAUGGUAGAAAACAAUAUUACAAUAGAUAUAAAGUACGUCCUGUCAGUGACGCACAUCCUAAUUCUUUUCAUUAUUCACAUUACUGUUUGUAAAUAAUAUAACUUCUUAACAAUUCUAUCUGACAAAAUGUUAUCAAAAUGAUAACUGUAGUACCCAAAAAUAUAUUUUUAUGCAAUAGUUGUCUUGUUAUUUUGUUAAUAUCAAUAAAGCAUAUUAUUUUACUAUA